AUGAAAAUUAUGCACAAAGAAGUAUCACAAACAAAUCAUGAGCAACGGACAGAAUGUCGCGUUUACUCCGCCAUCAUCCGUUCUAGCAAGAUAGGGAAUUAUAAAUUUGUUGUGGAUACGGUCAGAGCAAUUCCAAAUCUUUUGUGGAGCCGUGAUAUUGACUCAAGAAGCAUAUUUUCAGUUGCUGUCCUUCAUCGUCAAGAAGAAAUCUUUAGCCUUAUAUACAAGCUUAAUGAGAAGAAUGCAAUGACAAAUUGGCAUGAUGACGAACGCAAUUACAUAUUACAUAUGGCAGGGAUGACAGGAGCUUCGAUUCGAAUUAAUCAAAUCCCAGGGGCAGCUUUGCAGAUGCAAAGAGAACUACAAUGGUUUACGGAGGUGGAGAGAAUUGUCCAACCCAGAGUUAAGGAAGCUUUAAACCGUGACGGUUUCACUCCUAGGGAAUUGUUUUCAAAGAACCACAAGGACUUGUUGAAAGAGGGAGAGCAAUGGAUGAAAGACACAGCAACUUCUUGCACAGUGGUAGGCGCUCUUAUUAUUACUAUUAUGUUUGCUGCAGCCUUUACCGUUCCAGGUGGAAACAACCAAGAUACAGGCUUCCCACUAUUCUUAGAUGAAAAAUUAUUCAUGCUCUUUAUAAUAUCUGAUGCCUUGUCCCUUUUUUCGUCAUCAACUUCAGUCUUGAUGUUUUUGGGAAUCCUUACUUCACGCUAUGCAGAAGACGAUUUCCUUAUAUCUUUGCCAAGAAAGAUGAUCAUAGGCCUUUCCACUCUUUUCUUGUCUAUUGCAGCCAUGAUGAUAGCCUUUUCUGCUGCUCUUAUAAUUAUGUUACAUGGGCAAUCAUGGAUUUUCAUUCCUGUCAUUUGUUUGGCUAGUGUACCCAUCACCCUAUUCGUAUUGAUGCAGUUCCCCCUUCUCGCUGACAUGUGCAUUUCAACUUACGGACCUGGCAUCUUCAAUAAGAAAAUGAAGAAGUGGAUAUAA